AGAAAGAAGAAUUUAUAUUCUGAUUUAUUUAUUAUAGAUUUAUUUAACAUUUAUUUAACAUUUUUUGGACAUACCAAGAUGACAAGAUUUACUUCAUUCUUUGGCAACUUUUCUCCAGAUACUGUGACCAAACUCGCGAUAGAACGUGGCGAACGCUGCAAGGAAGGUCGCAGAGGGAUGUGGCACUUGAUCUUCUUGUUAAUCGGCAGCGCGAUGGCCGGCGAGUCCGGACCAGAGUCACCGCCGGAGUUCUCUGACGCGACGAUUAAGAUCGAGGCGCCGUUGCCUUAUGAAGAGGCAUUUCCGACUCCGCUUCCUGGUAUGCUGUAUCCCAGAGAAAGUGAAUCUCGAGAGGUAAGAUCGCUUGAUGGAUUAUGGGAUUUUGUCGUGUCGCCUGAAGGAGAUGCGUUAAAAGGUUACACAGAACGAUGGUUCACCGAUGAUUUAUCAAAGGUCGGCGAAAUGAUGAAGAUGCCGGUACCCUCGUCCUACAAUGACAUUACGACAUCGCGAAAUCUCAGGGAUCAUGUCGGUGGCGUAUGGUACCAGAAAACCUUCUUCGUACCUUCUUCUUGGAGCAACCAACGCGUUUUCGUAAGAUUCGGCUCGGUCCACUAUCUCGCACAAGUGUGGGUGAAUAGCGAUGUGGUGACUAAUCACGAAAUGGGCCAUUUACCCUUUGAAGUGGAGAUCUCGUCGCACUUGAUCUUCGGCGGCAAGAAUCGCAUUACCGUUGCCGUAGAUAACACUCUACUGCAGACCAGCGUGCCUCAGGGCAAGAUCAUGGAGAUGGCCACUGACAACGGCACCAAACAUUUACAGACGUAUACUUUUGAUUUCUUCAACUAUGCCGGUAUACACAGCCUGAAGGUCCCGCUCGCCAGACUUUGGUGGCGAGGCAUGGAUCCCAAGCCAGGAUAUCUAUACACUUUAGAGGUGAGAUUGUCGGUAGCAAAUGUCACCAGACCGGACAUUUACCGAUUACCAAUUGGCAUUAGAACACUGGCGUGGACCAACACGAGUCUCCUGUUGAAUGAUCGACCAGUAUAUAUGCGUGGUUUCGGCAGACACGAGGACUCGAUUAUCAGAGGACGCGGUUUUGAUCUCGUUACUGCUGUCAGAGAUCACGAACUGCUUCAAUGGGUCGGUGCUAAUGCCUACAGAACCAGUCACUAUCCUUACAGCGAUGAGGUCCUCGACAUGGCCGACAGACUGGGUUUCCUCGUGAUCGACGAGUGUCCUUCCGUCGACACGGAAAACUUUUCGCCGUCAUUACUCUCGCGCCAUAAGGACUCGUUAUCGGAGCUCAUUCGCAGGGACAAAAAUCGACCCUCCGUGAUCAUGUGGUCCUUAGCCAACGAACCGAGGACCCAAUUGCCCCAGGCUGAGGAGUACUUCAAGCAGAUCGCCCAUCACACCAAAGCGAUCGAUCCCACUAGGCCAGUCACCAUCGCUAUGGCUCGUGGAGUGCAGGAAGACAGAGUCGGUCAGUUUCUCGACGUGAUCAGCUUCAAUCGUUAUAACGCCUGGUACAGCAAUCCUGGUAGAAUGGAUAUGAUUAUUGACAGGGUUCAAGGGGAAGCCGAAGCCUGGCAUAGAAGAUAUAACAAGCCGGUACUUAUAUCCGAAUAUGGGGCCGAUACUAUGCCCGGACUCCACGAGCUACCAGAAUACAUAUGGAGUGAGGAAUACCAGAAGGAAUUAUUUUCCAAACAUUUCGUAGCUUUCGAUCGAUUGCGACGCGAAGGCUUCUUUAUUGGCGAAUUCAUCUGGAACUUCGCCGAUUUCCGCACUGCGCAAACGUUUAUCAGAGUGGGUGGUAAUAAAAAAGGAAUUUUCACGAGAGAUAGACAGCCGAAAAUGGCAGCUCAUCAUGUUAGGAGGAGAUACCAUGCUCUUGCAGCCGAAUUAGACGGUGCACAGAUACCGGAAGACGUUGAGAAUUACAUUUCGGCCUAUCAUUCCCAACACUGGGAACUUUGACCGAAAAAAGAAAGAGGAGAGAUUAGAAUGCGAAAAUUGCUUAACAAAAAGUCUUAAUUCUUGACAAUAAGAAAUUACAUCCUGUUCGUUUUGUACCUCGAUAUGUAAAAGUUGCACCGAUAACUUAACAUAGAAUUAUUCACCUAAUGUACGCAUAUUCUCUCAUAAAAUCAUUUAUCCCACAAAACAUACAACUCCUUCAUUUAUUCAUUUAAGACUCGUUCACAUGGAAAAAAAAA